GGUCACCUCUCUGAUUACGUAUUUACGUGACAAACACUCACCGACGAAAGCCGGUACACAAAAACUCCAAACCAACCUGUCACCGGUUCUACCGGUUUUCCUUUAUCUCAUCUCAUCCUGAUUUACUGUAUUUAUUAUUAUUGUUUUUUUUAAUUUAAUUAACUCAUUUAUAAUUUUCGCAUUUCCCAAAGUCAGUUUCUAUCUCCUACUCAUCUUCCCCUUUUCUCCGGCGAUCACCUUCGAUUUCUAUUUUGAUAAAUAAGAUGGUUAAUAAUGACGAUGGAGAGGAGACCACCUCUCAAGGAAAUGAACAGAAUGUUUACAAGGCUGCUGAAAGUGAAGAGGGAGAGGAAGCCAUGCCACGUGGAAAUGAAUGGGAAGUUGUGUCACUAACAGCUUCUGCUUACGCUGCUGCUCCUGGACCAAGAGGGGAUGAAUCAAUUCACGAGGAGAAGGAUCCUACAUUAGGUGAAGAUUAUGAAGCAGAAACUUCUAGAGCUCUUUUUAUGUCUGGUCACUUUGUUUUUCCACCAAGUCAGCAUGAAAAUUUGCCCAUAGAAUCUGAAAGCCUUAAAAAUUCCAAAGGAGAGGAUGAUGUUGGUGACCUGAAUGUGGCUAAAGAGAGUAAAGCUGAGCAGAAGGAAGAGGAAAACUGGAGUAUAGAAGGAUUGAAUGUUCCUGAGGAGUUUCUUGGUAUUCCAUUUCUUGAAGAGAAAAGCAGUAGGCUGCUAUCAGUUCAUGGUUCAGGAUUUGAUGAUUCGACAACUCUACAUCGACUGGCUGUUGAUGACAAAGAACAAAAUGUGUACGAGGCUGCUACAUUUAGCUCAUUUAACAGCGGAACAGAGAUUGGUGGAUCAGCCGCUUAUGGUGAAAGUUUAGUUGAGAAUUUUGAUGAGCCAUCUGACCAUGGCUUAGAUCCUUCAUCUUUUAUAUCGAGGCCACCCAAGUCUGGAGAAGAAGAGUUUGGAGAAAUCGAUGACUCUGGGCUCCCUUGUGGGGCUUGGUGGAAAAGAAGUGUUGCCUCUUUAUGUGCUCAAGUUAAAGAUACAAAUGCAUUUUGGUCUGUUUUCGUUGCUGCUGCUGUGAUGGGUCUUGUCAUACUUGGGCAACGAUGGCAACAAGAGAGGUGGGAGGUUUUGCAACAAAGGUGGCAGCUCAGUGUUGGCAAUGAGAAAUCAGGAAGGAUAUUAUCACGCCUGAAAGAUGUGAUUGUUGGAGGAAGUCGCCGAAGUACAUAUAUCACUGCUGCCCCAGCUGACCAUUGAGAUGAUGACGACAAUUGAUGAUUGUGAGAGAAACGUGAGAUACGACAUACCAUGGGAGAUUGAUGCUGGAGUGUGAUGAUUCAGAUGAUAUUCUCAUGGAGCUAAAAUAGCUUUUAAUACUUUUGCUUGAUUUACGUUGCUGUAUUAUAUUAUUAGCGGGAUUAUAGCUUAUGGUUCCUGGAAAAUGGCCUUUCUGAAUGGAGAUGGGAGUGGUCUGAACUUAGCUUAAUUGCAAAAAGGUCUAAUUACUUGGUAAAAAUUCUGCACAUGAUGGUUUAAGCUGUACAGUAAUUUUGUGUUGGCAUUUGUACAAUUGUCAUUGUGAAAUAUGCGGGCAUUUUCUGCCUAAGAUCUCAUUUGGGGUUUCAAAUUUCCAAAUACAAAGUAGACCAUUUGAACAAGUUUGUUGGAUAAUUUUUAAAUAAAUUGUAUGUAUUUAUAACCUAA